ACACACAGAGCCCACAGUCAGACACAGGCUGGCUUCGCAGCAGAGGAGGGGAGAUACAAAAAAAACUCUCCUCCCGCCGCUACCAGAGAAACCACCAGCUCUCAAAGACGUGAAGUCGACGCGAUGUCAAGCCCGACAUGCUACCGUUUAGUGUGAGGAGACAGCUACCAAUAAGGAAGAGGCUGCAGGAACUGAGGAGUGGGUGAGCAGUGACAGCUGGAGACAUAAAGCGACUGAUUAGAGGACCGCACGUGGGGAGAGAAAAAAAAAGGCUCGCUUUAAACACAUCAGAGAUGAGCGCCAAGUCGGCCAUCAACAAGGAGCUCUUCACACCUCACGAUGAGAAGAUGCUUGCUGGUGUACAGGUGAAGAGGAGGACGAAGAAGAAAAUACCUUUCCUGGCCACUGGUGGUCAGGGAGAUUACAUGACUUUCAUCUGCCUCUCAGUGACAAACAAGAAACCGUCCCAUGUAUCCCUCACUAAAGUGAAGCAGUUCCAAGGAUCAUCUGCCUUUACCAAAAGGUCUCAAUGGACUAUUGACCAGCUACGACAGGUUAAUGGCAUUGACUCCAACAAAGAUUGUCCGGAAUUUGACCUGAUGUUCGACAACGGUCUGGACCAGUGGGUGGCUAGCUCCGCGGGAGAGAAGUGCACCUUCAUCCAAAUUCUUCAUCACACCUGCCAACGCUACUGCUCAGCCCGCAAACCCGAGUUCAUCAACUGUCAGUCAAAACUGCUCGGUGAAGGCUUAGAUACAGUCAUUUACCACUGCAAGGUGUAUUUGAACAGGAUGAGGAAAGACUUAGUGCCUCAUCGUGGUCAUCUGCAAAGACAAGCAGGUAACAGUAUACUACACUCAGCUGCAGACAGUGUGACAAGUGCUGUACAGAAGGCCAGCCAGGCCCUGAAUGAGCGCGGUGAGCGAUUAGGUCGGACUGAGGAGAGGACAGCAGAGAUGAUGAACAGUGCUGAACAGUUUGCUGUGACUGCGCACAAGCUUGCCAUGAAGCACAAAUGUUAGGACCACUGCCAAAACCAGCCGUGCUGGAGGUGUGAGCACAGACCAGUCGGUGCACAUGAGAGGGAUUCCAGCGUUGACUGUUUUUUACAUUUCUUUUUUAAUAUGAUUAAUAUUUGUUAGCAAUGUUAACAUUUUACUGUUUUGGGUUAUUACUAGCAGAUAAAUUCCUAAAACUGGUGAUGCGUCACAUACAGUGACUUGCUAAAGUAUCCCUGUCCUUAUAAAAAAAAAAAAAUCUUCUUUUGUCACAGUGAAAUCACAAAGAUUAAUCUAAUUUAUGGGGAAUUUAUGAUGAAUGAACACAGAGUACUUAAUAACUGUGAAGUAGGAGCUGGGUUUCUAUAUUUUUACGAAUGAAAAGCCGAGCAUUCGUUUUCAGCUCCACCUGAGUUGAUACUUUGUAGACUCACCUUUCACACGAAUAAAGUUGCCAAAUGUUUUGGGGUCUGGGAAUAGCAGGUUUGUAAAUCUAGACAACUUAAUGCUUGCGCUUUCUUCUGCAAAAAUCAUAUGGAAAGCCUCUCUGAAUGGCAUUUUUCAACUUUAAACACAGAUUUUUAAUUCAGUUCAUAUCUAGGUUGUAAUUGGAUUUUAGUCUGGACUUUGACUGGACCAUUCUAAAAUAAACCCAUUUGGGUUUAGUCUUGUUGCCCUCAUGAAAGCUGAACCUCCACCUCGGUCUCAGCUGUUGCAGCUGAUCAGCUUUUCCUCCAUGGUUGCCUUGUAUUUUGCUCCGUCCGUCUUCCCCCCUGUUUGCCUUUAUCUGCAAAUGAAAAGCGUCCCCAUACCACGAUGAUGCCACCAGAUUUAAUGAUGGAGAUGGUAUGUUCAUGCUGAUUUGCAGUAUUGGUUCUCUGCCAAACACUCUUUGGCACUCUUCCUCCCCAUGUUUGAUCCCCUUACAGCUUUCUAUGUGUCAGUCUCCCAUAAAGGCCAGAUUUAUGGAGUAGGCAACUAAAACUUGUCCUGUCAGCAGAUUCCGAUUGAACAAUGGUUCAAGAGAUGUUCAGUGCUUGGAAUCAUCUAUAAUAACAACUUAAACCCACGUUACAACUGUAUACCUGUCUUGUCUAUUGUGCUUGUUAGUCUUCAUGUUGCUGUAUGUUCAUUAAUGUCCCAUUUUAUGAGGGCUUGACAGCGCAGCUAAGAUUUAAUAACACAUUAAGUAAUUAGGUGCUAAUUAGGUACAGCAGUUGAUUACACUGAAAUGUAUUUAGGGGAGUGAUAGGAAAGUGGGGUGAAAACAAACGCUCACAGCUUUAAGAUUUCUGAUCAAGCAUUUUUGGAAAAUGUUACCCCUUUCUAUCCACUUCGCAUUUAUACACUACUCUGUGUUGGCCAUAACACAACAAAUUGAUUUUUUUGUACUUGUGAUGUGACAGUGUGCAAGGGGCACGAACUCUUGCAAGGUGCUGAAGAUGGGAGAGGAGAUGACUUUAAGGAGAAAAUUUUAUGCUUCCAUUUGCCAAAAAAAGUUACUAAAAUUCAGUCAAUUGUAAUAACCCCAGAGCACACAUUGUUUUUGAGAUAAUGUGAGGCUAAAGUUGGCCAGCAAUGUCUCCCAGUCAAAUAAUACCUUAUUCCUGAUUGUUAGGAAUUAUUUAUGUGUAAUUCUGGGUUUUAAAGGCUGAUUUAUAAGUCAAUAACUUCUUAAGUGUUUCCCUUUUGAAAUAAGUGAUUCUGUUAGCUUUGAAUACAAAUAUGUUGCACAUAUAUUUCUAAAGCCUGUAUCUUCUUUGCAAAAUUCUGGAACCAAAACAGGGCGGUGCAGUUUCUUCAAGGAGCUGAGAGUCUGUCCCUGAAUAUCAAUUUCUAGCGUAAAUCGUCCUUCUCUGCUUGACUCUUGAGUCUUUCCUUUUGUCCUUAACUUUAAAGAGUACAGUAUCGGUUCAUAUGUUUCCUUUUCUAGAAUGCCAAAAAGGUGAAGGUAGAUGAUAAACACACUUUGUCUCCUUAUGGACAUAUUUCUCUUUGGGAGCAACAAAACAGCAGACUUUUUCUUUUUUAUUAAGUAUUAACGUUGGUGUUUUUUCAGAAUAUUGAUUACAUGUUGUAUUAAUUUAUGUUACAAAGGGGCGAUACAUUAAACCAGCCUCUGGUCUGUAAGAAAAGCAACCUCUUGUACUAAUAUCUUGAUGCCUGUUUGGGAUAAUUUGUCCCUUUAUGGGAUAAAUACAAUUAAUCUAGGCUGUAGUUACAAUUUCAGCAUCCAAUGGCCAGUUUCUUUGCUUUUGUUUUAUUUAAUUUGGAAAUCACCAAGAGGUGAGGGCUGAUCAGGGAUGAAUUCCUUCGGCAGCGGCCACGUGUGAUAUUUUUGUUCUCUUUUGUUAUUUGUACAUUCCCACACUGACCUCUGAGUUCAUCGUCAGGGUGUAUCUGGUUCUUUUUUAUAUUUUGCAUUUUCAAAGUAAUUAUGUUACAAAGCACUGAUGUAAUAAUCCUGCAGAGCACGGUUGAGUUCAUAUUGAAGUGUUCCACUUGCCUCACUUGGAUGUUUAGCUUUUUGAUAAAAUGCAGAUUAAUUUCUAUUGUUCUGGGUCCUUUUUUCUGGCUGGUUGAAGGUUUGUGUUUCUGCUUCAAAAAAAAGGAAAAAAUAAUGUCUACCGGUGUGCUUUUUGGUACUAUGGUAUAUCAACUCACAAAAUUGUUCUCUUUUCAAACAAUGUGCCAACAGCUUUGUGUUUCAUAGUUUAUUAUGACGCUUUCUCCAUUUGAUGUGCUCAGUUUCACUUUAAGCUGUAACACUUGUUUUUUUCUCUCUGAUUUCCACGCUAUAUGGUUGCAACAUGUGAAAUAAAGUCCACAAUUACAGUAAAACAA